UGAAUUGGAAAUCACCUUCAAAAUGGCGGUCUGCUUUGAAACUGCAUAAUGUUUACUCUCGUGAGACUUUUGAAAGAGAAAUACACGGGAAUCAUGGAACUAAAAUGAGACGUAGCCAGGCCCCUAGUCAGAGAGGGGCAAUUGUCUGUUCCACACAAAGGAGGUCUGAGGAAGGUUUCCCUCAGGUAAAGAGAAUUAAGACACUUCACAAGGAUGAGAGAACUGAUGAGAUGGUGCAGCGUCGGCCCCUGUCCAGCAUCACCAACACAUCCAGUUGUCCUGAUGCCUUUUCUCAUGAGGCCUUUAUCAAGAAAAUUCUGUCAAAACCAUUUAAGGUUCCAAUUCCUAAUUACAAAGGUUCCUGUUUGGGUAAGGCCUUGGGUGUGAGGAGACAGGGGGCCAGACAGCCCCUUCAUGACCCUGAGAAGGAAGGAGCUCUCAUUCUCUACACCCCAACUGAACUCAGUGCUCAUGAACAGCUUAAAGUUGACAUAGAAAAAGUUCCUGUCCAUGUAGUGGUAGAUCCCAAGCUGUCUCUAGUUUUACGGCCUCAUCAAAGGGAGGGUGUGAAGUUUAUGUAUGACUGUGUGACUGGAGUACAGAUACCGGAGAGCUAUGGAUGUAUUAUGGCAGAUGAAAUGGGCCUUGGAAAGACACUGCAGUGUAUAACUCUGAUGUGGACAUUACUGAGACAAAGCCCUGACUGUAAGCCACUCAUUGACAAGGUUGCCAUUGUGUCUCCAAGUAGCCUUGUCAAGAACUGGGCAAAUGAGAUUUACAAGUGGUUAGGUUCUGUAAUUAACUGUCUGGUGAUCGACUCCGGCUCCAAGGAUGACAUCGACCGAGACUUAGGCCAUUUUAUGCAGCAGCGUGGCAGACGUAUCCCCAACCCAGUCCUCAUCAUCUCCUACGAAACUCUACGACAUCACUCCAAAGUUAUGUUGAAGGGCACCAUUGGCCUUGUGAUCUGCGAUGAGGGCCACAGACUAAAGAACUGUGAGAAUCAGACAUACCAGGCCCUAAACAGUCUGAAGGCCCAGCGCCGCAUCCUCCUGUCGGGCACCCCCAUACAGAACGACCUCCUGGAAUACUUCAGUCUCAUCCAUUUUGUCAAUGGAGGAAUCCUUGGUACUGCCCAAGAGUUUAAGCGUAAGUUUGAAACUCCAAUCCUUCGUGGCCGAGAUGCUGCAUCUUCAGACUCUGAACACAAGAGGGGUGAGGAGAAACUUCUGGAGCUGGCUGCUAUAGUAAACAAGUGCAUCAUCAGAAGGACCCAGGCCCUGCUGACAAAGUACCUACCUGUCAAAAUUGAGCAGGUGGUGUGUUGUCGCCUGACUCCCCUUCAGACGGCCCUGUAUCAGCUGCUGGUCAAAUCCAAGGCUGGCGACCCUGACAUGGAGCGUGACGGACGACCCACCGGAACCAGUCUUUCCUUCAUCACACAACUAAAGAAACUUUGUAACCAUCCUGAUUUGAUUUAUGAUAAAUGUAUUGGUGAUGCUGAUGGUUUUGAAGGCUCACUGGAUCUAUUUCCAUCUGGAUACAACUUGAAAACUGUGCGGCCAGAACUAUCAGGGAAAGUACUGGUACUAGACUGUCUGCUGGCCAUGGUUAAGUCGACCACCAGUGAUAAAGUGGUGUUGGUGUCCAACUACACUCAGACACUUGACUUGUUUGAAAAACUCUGUCGACAGAGAGGGUAUAUCUUUGUAAGGCUGGAUGGUUCUAUGUCAAUCAAGAAGAGAGCCAAGAUUGUAGAGAAUUUCAAUGACCCUAAAAGUGCAAUGUUCAUCUUCAUGCUGAGUAGUAAAGCUGGAGGGUGUGGGUUAAACCUGAUAGGUGCCAACCGACUGGUAAUGUUUGAUCCUGACUGGAACCCAGCUAACGACGAUCAAGCCAUGGCUAGGUGCUGGAGAGACGGCCAGAAGAAACAGUGUUAUAUAUAUAGACUCAUAGCAACAGGUACAAUAGAGGAGAAGAUCUUUCAGCGCCAGGCCCACAAAAAGGCGCUCAGCUCCUGUGUGAUUGACAAAGAGGAGGAUGUGGAGCGACACUUCAGCCUUGGCGAACUCAAGGAUCUCUUCAAACUCAACGAGAAUACUAUCAGUGACACACAUGACAAAUUUAAGUGUAAGCGGUGUGUGAAUAAUAUCCAAGUGAAACCCCCACCAGAGGGCUCUGAUUGUAACUCAGACUUGUCUCUGUGGCAUCAUUCUACAGACAAAAAAGGACUUGAUGACCUGGUCUUCAAAGGGUCAUGGAACCCGGCCAUCUCCUUUGUCUUUCAUCACAAUUCUCAUGAGGAACAACACAAGACUGUGUAGUGUCUCAGCCAUACUAGAACAGUCUUUCACUAUGCUCCUGUCUGAUCAUUGAUGAGGACCUUGGAUACAGAUUGUUUGAUUGUUAAAUAGUAACGUUGGUCCAGCCAAUCUGAUCUAAUUCAAGGUUAAUAACACACAUAAGGAUCUCAUUUUAAAAUUUAAAUACAAGAUGAAUUGAAAGAAUACAAAAAAUAUGUGAUGUGUGUAUAUACUGAAACACUAUUAAUUAUAUAACUAUAAACUACAUUGGCAAUAAAUAAUGUUUAUUUUUUCUAAUUUUAUUCUUAGGUAUAUAUGUGAACUGAACCAUGUAUUUCAGUACUAUAAACUACAUUGGUGAUAUUGUUAUGAUAUUGUCCGGUAUUGUUCCUCUUUGUUAUGACAUUAUGAAGCAAAGUUGAUCAGAAUUAAACAAGGAGUCAACUGACCAAAGGUCAAGGUCAUUGGGUCAGGGGUCAAGGUCAAAUUAUGCACCUUUUUACUGAGGACUAUUUUGCUAUGACAUGAUGAAGCAAAGUUGAUCAGAAUUUAACAAGAGGUCAACUGACCCAAGUCAUUGGGUCAAAGGUCAAGGUUAAAUUUUGUAUCUUUUCCUUGAUGAACAUUUUGC